GAGACUCGAUCGAGUCGUCGGACAGUUUCAAGCAGACAAGCUAAGUGAGCCAGUGGCACUAAGAUCACAUGGCGUGCAAGUGAGGAGGCCGAGGGUCCAUAGAAUACAUGACCGACUCCUCCACACUUGAUCUGGACUCUGAACCAUCGGCCCGCUACACCAGGUUCAAUUUCAUCAAGACCCCUCCCACCCCCCAGCCCAAGUCCGUUCACACUCUGCUCAAUCGCAUAUACCGUCGCAUACUUGCGACAUUGUAAAAACGCAACACGAAUUGAGGAAGAGCAUGGCUUGACACACACACGACAUCCCAGCAAGCAAAGCACCAUGGAAUCCGUGCACGGCGUCGACGUCAGUUGGCUGCAUCAACCAAACAGAGAUAGAGAACACCCACAGCAUGAACCUCACGUCCAUCGUGCCCCCGGUCCGCUCGGCGACGCGCCUCCGCCCGUCUCGUCGCAUGCCCGCUCACGCUCCGCUUCGCCCAUAGAAUCAAAGAAAGCUCCUCCAUUGCCCUCGACCCCGAAACAACCGUCGCCGCCUCGAGACACUACACCUGCUCAACCUCCGCCUUCAAACACACAGGACUUGUCGAAUGCUGCUUCAAGGACUCCGUCGAGACGACCCGGUAUCCUUAGUCGCAGCUCUUCGCAAAGAGAGAGCUCCGAUGGUUCGAGGCCUUCACGUAGAAACUCAUGGAUCUCCAACAUCAGCUCCAAAUUCUCUUCGCAGGCUCCUCCGUCCCCCAGUGUACCUCAAACCACCAAGUCGCAAGCCAAUGGCACAAACGCUGGUCCAUCGUCACAAUCUGCUAGAGACAACUUGGUUACGAGCCCAGCACAGCCGACGCCAAACCGCGAGGCUGAAGAACUGCAACCAUAUGUCCCCCAGCGACCGAAAGAAUCGAACAGCUCUUUCUUCUCCAACCUCACCCGCCGCUUGUCUUCCGGCGCCCAGACCAAUGGCUCUCCUCGUGGAGGUGAGAAUGGCGGAAUGUGCCCGCGACGGGUCUUGAACGUCAAUCAAGCUCGCGAACGCUGUAUCUUACCCGAACUCGACUCUGCCAAACUGCGACGUGUUGCCUUUUCGGUCGAUGUUGAAAUUGCUUCAAUUCCACGAUACAGAGACGACGAUGGCGACGCUUCAAAGCAGAAGAAGGUCAAGGACAAGAAAGUAAAAGAUCGUGCAGAGGGCGAGGCCUUGAAGAAUCCACAAGCAGUUACUGAACGCAAAGAACAGUCAGAUACUGCCGCCGUACCCGCCGAUGACGCUAUUGCUGCUAGCCCAGUGAACUCAUCCGAGAAUGGACCAACAAUUGGCGAAAAGCCCACCGCUUCUGCGGAAGAUCCAAACCCAACUCCAGAGGAUGAUAUGCGGAAGGAGCAAAAGGCGAAGAAGAGACAAAAGGCCGAGGACAGUGGCCAGCUUCCUCGCGAACUGACCGGCGACGCAAAAGACCGUCCAGCUGACGCAGCACCGACUGUAUCGGGCACUAACACCCCCAAAGAUCGGCCAACAACAGAUCCGGUGAGAAUCUACAGAAGAUGCUGCCAGCUCAGAGAAUCACCUAUCCUCAAGCGCAUCACGGAGCAGUUGAUGGCAGAUGACUGCACUUCACCUGAGGAUCCCGGAACCGUCACCCAGCUCAAUCUCACUGGUUCCCGCCUGCAGUUGGCCGACUUUGUUACUCUUAGUGACUGGCUCGCCAUUGUACCCGUCAAGCGCCUACUACUCGAGGACGCAGAUCUUAGUGAUGAGGGCUUACGGGUGAUUCUAUCUGGUUUGCUGGCUUCAAAGAAACCUCAACCCACUAGACGUCGUAAUGGUGGUCGCUUAUCCCCUGCUAAACCUACGGGCGGAAUCGUGGAGAAGCUAACACUCAAGAACAACCCAAGAAUCUCUCGUAUAGGAUGGAAGCAUAUCUCCAUAUUCUUGUACAUGUGCCGAUCGAUCAAAGCUCUCGAUGUCUCGAUGCUACAUUUCCCUCAGGAGUUACCACCUAGCGAGCCCGAUGUCAAUAUCAAGGCACCGGGUCAGAUGCCAAAGACUACUGGCAAGUCGGUCGAUGCUGCAGAGACAUUGUGUAAGGCACUAUCCGGAAGGCUCGGUGGGUCGCGUCUAGAGGAGAUCACCAUGGCAGAAUGCGGUCUUCUGCCACCUCAAAUCCGAAAAAUUGUGGACGGAGCCACAGUCUGUGGCAUUGCUCGACUUGGAUUUGCUAGCAACAACCUCAACGAUGAAGGCUUCGAACACAUAUUGCACUUCGUACGGUCGGGUGUCUGCCAGGCUCUCGACCUAGGUAGCAACGACUUACGAGGCAAGCUUGGCAAACUUGCAGAGGCCUUGAAGCACAACCCCAAUUGUUCAGUCUGGGGCUUAAGCCUUGCUGGCUGCAAUCUGGACACUAAUUCGCUGAAAGAACUUCUACCGACUUUAACGACACUUCAGAAUUUCCGCUUCAUCGACAUCAGUCACAACAGAAACCUGUUUGUGGGUGAAUCAUGUACGCUACAGCUGCUCCGGAGAUAUUUGCCCAAAUUGGACAACCUGAAGCGACUGCACCUUGUGGAUGUUGGUCUGUCAGUGAAGCAGGCCAUAUCAUUGGCUGAGGUUAUACCAGAGGGUGCCUCGCUUGCUCAUCUGACUAUCCUCGAGAACCCUGAACUUUCGGCGUUAUCUCAAGCGACAGACGAGGAUAGUCAGGAAGAGGCUUGUGCUCUGUACGCCUCGCUCUGUGCCGCAGCGCGAGUCUCCAAAUCACUUGUCUGCAUUGACGUCGAUGUACCUGGUCCCGGUCACAACGAGGUAGUUCGGGCCUUGGCAAAGCAAAUCGUUGCAUACUGCCUACGUAACAUGGACACUACUAUGGCUCAAUCUUCUCUACUGCCUGCAGCAGCAAUGCUUUCUAAACAGCAUGGAGUCGAAGACGCCAGACAGGCGCCAGUACCGGACGUACUAGUACAUCUAGUUGGACAUUUGGACGGCGAUCAAGCUUCGGAUGCCAGUGACGACGAAACAGCACCUGACGACGACUACAUCGUUGGUGGAAAUGGAAUCAUCAAGGCGCUAGAGUACUUCCUCGGAGAAGACAACUCAGACCGACGCAACGGCAGCAUAUCGCUUUCAGGAACCACAACACCUCUGGAUAUCGGUAACCCUAAUCAGAGUGAGGUCAAGAGGCGAAGAAAGGCCAAGGAAGUCAGUAAAAAUCUGCUUGACAGUGCUCGCAAGCUGCGGAACCGUCUGAAGCCAGCUUUGGUCAAGGAGUUUGCAGCUGGUGAUGAAAUGAACUACCGUCGCUUGCUCUUCCUGGACCAGACUUUGAGCGGUAUGAUCGAGCGAUUCGAAGAUGAGUUCCCUGAGACUCGCCUCCGUCUGGACAUUCCACCGCACCAGCAAAAUCUAUCCUUGUCUUCUUCAAUGGAGUCGACAGAGUCUGGACCUUUGUCGAACGACUUCAUGGCUAGCUCUGCUACAACCUUCGGAACGGAAACGUCAGCGAUUGAAUCUGACCUGGAAGAGGACUUGCAUGUCGGCUCGAUGAGAAGAAAGGCUAGCGAUGUUAGUCUGGCGUCCAGGGCACUUUCGAUCGAAGAAGGUCGCAUCCAUCGUAUUGGACACAAAGUCCGACAGGACAUUAUUGACGUGCCAAUUGUUGCACAGACGUCAGAAUCAGAUGCACACGCCGAGUGGGCGCCCGGGUCGCACAUGGCCGACAUUGCAUCGAAACUGGCAGACAUGUCCGGACCGGAACUUCGAGUCCUCGUAGACCAGGAGGAUGGAUGGGAAGGAGUGAUGCAGACGAUGGGGGCCAACCUCGAGGAGCUACAGCAGCUGCAGAUGAAAGAUCCUCAGGGCUGGGAGCAGUUCAAGGAGAGUCAACUUACAGCACGCGCCAAUCGCGGCGCUCCGAUCUUCUUGUAACACGGUCGAUAUCUAUUGUAAUUACGCUUAUGACUGGCGGUUUAUGGGAAGCCCUCUGCAAGGCGGUCUAGGAAGGCGGGCGUUAGGAAUCAGGAUGAUGGUUUUCUUCUUGUCGGGAGGGGGAGACACGUUUUUGAAUAGCGUAGGCGCAUUUCAUAAAGACUGCAGACAUCAAAACAUGCAAAGAGAAAGCACCAGUUGACAGGUCUAGCAUUGAUAUCACGCG